UUGAAUUUUCACGUCAGAUACACACACAUAGGGUUUCAUCUCUCUCUCUCUCUCUCUCUCUCUCUCUCUCAAUUUCCCCAAAAUUUUCAAAAUCCCUUCUCCGUCACCGGGAAAUUUCAAAAAUGCAACCUCCGAUUUGUAAACCCAAGCUUCAGAGUCACCUCGAAUUUCUGAAACCGCUUCUCGAUGACUCGAUUAAGCAGCUCUUGUUGCAGUACCGAAGCGGACGAACCAAUUUCUCCGAUUUCGACUCCAUCUUCACUCGUAUCCUUCACGAUCUUCCCGAACCAUCACCACCUCUCGAACUAGUCUGGUUCUACUCCUCCGUUAGAUUCUACGCUUCCAGAUUAGCUUUCCGGGACGACUCCGUUAGGUUAACUUCGAGCUUCUUCCAGCUGCUAGUCUCUUUCUCCGAUUCGUUUCCCGGCGUCAAGAAGGUAGCUCUGUUAUCUCCUGUUGUUUACCAGCUGAGUCGUUUGGUUGUUACUAGGAGGAGAGACGCUUUGAGUUUGUUAGAAGGGAUUGUGAGCUAUAUUAGCAUGCACUGUGUUGAUGAACCAGGAGGUGAGGAUGGUGAUGUGUUGAUGGUCUCUGGUUUUAGUUUUGCUGAUUUGAGUAGAGUUUGGGUUGUGGAUGAAGUUGAAGAGAAUUGUAGAGUUGAUGAUUGUUUGGAGGUCUUCAUGCCGUUUGUUAGUGAAAAAUUGCGUAAAGAGAUUGAUUCUGAGUCCUGUCGCGUUGGUUACUUAGCUGGAAUCGUAGCUUCACAGGUCUUCUUGCUCAGUUUAUGCUCAAGAUUUAAUUCGGAAUUAAGCAGAUCCAAACUAGAAUUGGAUCUGCGGGAAUCUGUGCUUCAGAUGAUUUCUGGAUUCCAGAGUUGCUAUUUUUUUGAUGUCAUUCUCAAGAUGCUGUUGCUGGAGCCAUAUCUGCAUUUAACAUCACUUCUGGGUCCGGAAGAUGAAGCUCUUUUAACGGAAAUCAUAACAGAUGCUGUGAUUAAAUCAGCAGAAAAGCUAUUCCUCAAUCCUGGAAGUGGAACUUCACAAAAAAGUUUACACUUGAAGAACAUUGCUAUUAAUUGGUUGUUUCUUUUUGACAAGGCUUUGGCUUCUCUAAGGAGAAAUAAAGAUCAAGAAAAAACCAUCAGCUACAUGAGCACCUUCUCCAAUUCACAUAUUCCUCACCACUUGAUCAAUUGGGUAAUCAGUCAAGGUGAAGUGAUUAGAGAUGCAGACGCAUUGAGAAACUUGACUCCCGCAUCCUUCCUCGGAUGGCUUGUGUCCCUUGAAGAGCAAGGACUAAGGGUGUUUGACUGUGACCAUUCCAAAAAGUACGCCAAAACUGUGAUUCACAAGUCAAGACCAGAUCUCAGUCUCGGAGCCACAUUGCAGAAACAACAAGAAGAGUUUGAUCAAGAUGCAGACAUGGCUGAUGGACACAUUGUGUCAUCUAUCUCAAUUCUCAGCAGCAACACAAGAAAGCGUAAAGAAGAGAGGCAUAAUGAGGGAGAAACGAAAGUGAAGCUCUUCAAACAUAGACACAGCAACAUUCAAGAGAAGUCCAAGUGUCAACCUUUUGUCUUCUCGGAUAGUUUGGUGAACGGGACUGAGGUUGAAGUAUCAGACAUGGAGCUAUGAAUCUGGACCAUUUAUAGUUAAUGAAAUCGGCUUAAUAUUAUUAUAUGGUAGAGAUGUAAGAAUGCUGCUGAAGUAAUUGUUGUCUAGAGAUUAUAACAAGUUCACUUUUGUAACUAUUUAGAACCUUCUUAUCGUAAUGUAAACUCGUGAAUCGGGAUGAA